AUGGACAGACAGACGUGGCCCUCGGCAAAGCCGCCAUCUGGAAGUCUAGCUUUCCAGGAAAGCGAACUGCUUAGGGGCCCGCGAGUCCCCCAACACUGUGUGUGCCAGGGACGGGACCCGUGGAGGCGGACGCUGAUUGGCAGCACCCACGGCUCUAUCCCCUCCGAUGACUACGCUCCAGGGAAGUUCUUCGCAAACAACUUGGGAGAGGGGCAGCGGGGCGCGAGAAGAGAACAGGCCGCCUGCGGCGUUGGCCUGGGGGCGGCGCUGGCCCUGCUGCUGCUGCUGCUGCCCGCCUGCCGCCCGGUGCGGGCGCAGAACGACACGGAGCCCAUCGUGCUGGAGGGCAAGUGCCUGGUGGUGUGCGACUCCAGCCCGUCGGCCGACGGCGCCGUCACCUCGUCCCUCGGCAUCUCCGUGCGCUCGGGCAGCGCCAAGGUGGCCUUCUCCGCCACGCGCAGCACCAACCACGAGCCGUCCGAGAUGAGCAACCGCACCAUGACCAUCUACUUCGACCAGGUCUUAGUCAAUAUUGGCAACCAUUUUGACCUUGCCUCCAGCAUAUUCGUAGCCCCCCGCAAAGGGAUCUAUAGCUUCAGCUUCCACGUGGUCAAAGUGUAUAACAGACAAACCAUCCAGGUCAGCUUGAUGCAGAAUGGCUACCCAGUCAUCUCGGCAUUUGCCGGGGAUCAGGACGUCACCCGGGAGGCAGCCAGCAAUGGCGUCCUGCUGCUCAUGGAGAGGGAGGACAAGGUGCAUCUCAAGCUGGAGCGGGGCAACCUCAUGGGGGGCUGGAAGUACUCCACGUUCUCCGGCUUCCUGGUGUUUCCGCUAUAGACGCAGGCCGCCUGCACGGUGGGAGCGCUGCAGGCCGCACCCAAGGAUCGGCCUGGCCUUUUCCCUGUGACACCCCGAAUUUGCCCGCCAAGGACAACUGGUUUGUCACCUCCCGUCAGACUGUGGUAGUGGAAUGAACUCCUCUGGAAGCUGUGAAUAUUCUUUUGAAUAAGGACACGUCCUCGGGAACCUGGCCUCUUGUUAGGUCUAGGCAACAAGGUCUCAAGGAGAAGUGAAGUGAUCCAUGGAGCAGUUUGUACCUGUGAUUGUAAAGUCAGUGGGGGGUUCUCUUGCUGGGAUGUCCCUCCUCUUGUUUGUACAUUGUGUCCCUGUGCUGAGGGGAGAAUGCUGCUGACCCUGGGUGGACAGCGGGUGAUGGCCGGGACUCAGAGCAAGACAGCCCUUGCCGUGUGUUCUGUGUGUGUCUGUGUAGCCUUAAGAACCAAGAGCGGCUUCACUUGCAU